AUGAAAUAUAAUUAUAAACCGUCGUUGGGUGAGCUACGUUCCAGUCUGAAACAACGAUUGAGAGAGUAUUUAUUAGAAAAUACUUUGCAUGGUGUACCAUAUUUCGUGGAUCCUACACGGCCCAAAUCGGAAAGAUUAAUAUGGUUUCUUUUAACGAUUGCAUCGAUAGUAGCAACUGCUGUUACAAUCGCGAUAAUUUGGGAUAAAUUUCAAACAGAGCCAACUAUAACAGGAUUGGCUAUUAUGACAGAGCACAUUAACAUCGAAUUUCCUCAAAUAUUUCUUUGCUUUGACUGGACUCAACUAAAUCACACGAAACUUAACGAGAAUGAGAUGUAUAUGCAUGAACAAUUAUACAAUUGGACUUGGGGAAAGAAUAUGGAUUUGCAAAUGUUUAAAACAGGUUAUGAAAAUAAAAGGAAUUUUCGCAGUACUUUCAAAACGAUGAUACCUGACUGCAAUGACUUGAUCAUCAACUGUUCAUACAAGGGAAUUGAUAAACCAUGUAAUAAAUUAUUUACAAAAGUUCUUGCUUCUGUGGGUGCAUGCUGCAAAUCGAAUGCUAUGGAGCCUUUUGGAAUCAAGGAUACAGCAUGGAACCUUGAGUUUGGAACAAUAAGCUCAUACUUUCCUUGGAGACUUUAUAUUACACACAAUGUUGACUCAGGGCCAGGACCAGGAGAAAGACCAGUUGUAAAGGCUUACUUUCCAGUCGAUAUUGAAUUUAUCGUUGACAUGACAUACACUACUUCUGAUAUUCGUUAUUUAACUCUUCGACAACGAAAGUGUUAUUACAAGCAAGAAGGUGUAAGCUUAAGUAACUGUGAGACUCGCUACUUAAUUGACAAAUUGUUAAGCGAUUGUAAUUGUCUACCAUGGUUUUUAUCAUUCACAAAGAAGACAGAGUGUCCACUUUCAAAGUAUUCUUGUUUAAAUGAAUCUAAUAUAGAUAUGAAUGAUUGUAAUUGCUGGCUUCAUUGUGAUCACAUAUCAUAUAGUGUGAAAGGGGUGGUGAAAUCUUCAAAUAAUGUUAAUCGAAUUAUAUUAAAAAACUGGCCAACAGCUAUUUAUAAAAGAGAAAUGCGCUUUGGUUAUUUGGAUUUACUAGUAUCAUUUGGUGGUAUUGCAAGUCUUUUUUUAGGAUAUUCGUUGUUGACAUCUGUUGAACUGGCAUAUUACUUUGGUCUUCGUAGUUACUGUGGAGCUGUGAUUCAGUCAUCUCGACAAAGACAUAAUAUUAUAACUGUUCACGUGGUAGAAAAAAUUUCAAGUAAGACAGGUAUUAACCAGAAAUAUUAUCAAUACACUGAUUAA